CUGAUGGAUUGCUGAUAUCCCCUUCCGCGGCCACGAAGAUGGAGGCGGAGGAGCUGGCGGCGCAGCGGCGAAUGCAAUGGGAGGUGGAGUUAGCGCGCUUCUUCAAUUUUACGCGGUCCGCCCCUCCGCCCGGUCUCCGGUCCCUCCCGAAGGGCAAGAGAUAUUGCUCCAAUGGAACAUGGAUCUCCUCGGAGUCCUUAGCCACUCUCCUUGUACACAAGCCAAAUCCGAACUCCGCUCCGGUCCUCUCCCUCACCGUUCCAGCAUUAGCAUGCGAGGAACACUAUGUUUCAAAUCUCAACUUCUCAUGGCCGCAAGUGUCUUGCGUUCCUCAAUGCCCAGUUAGAGGCAGCAGGGUGGUCUUUGCAAGUUACAUGGAUUCAUUCAUCCAGCUUCAGAAGUUUGCUAUGCGGUUCUCGACAUGUUCUGAUGCAGAAUCAUUCCUUGGUUUUGUGAAGGUGCUGAGUCAACACAUGUUACCUCAUUCUUCUUUUCUUAUUAAAUUAUUCCUGGUGAAAGCACAAUCCUCUAUAUCUUGUUUUGUUUUACAUAUUCGCCUGUAUGAAGUAGAGAUGGUGGAUGAUACUCCUCAUGAAUGUGAAAUUUCAUCUCAUUCUGAAAUAGUUUCCCCGGCUGGCCUUUAUACUAGUGUUGAAGAGCCUAUGCCAAUGAAUGAUGGGGGAAUUCCAGCUUCUGAUGACAACAAAGAGCCGGAGUUAUCACAACAUUCAAUGCUCUUUAGCAGUGCUCCAUCGAUUUCUUCUGAGCUUCCACACAGCUUUACGGAGCUUCUAAACAAUUGCUUGAGCGACAAUACUGAAAAAGUUAUCGAUCAAACAGUUCAUAUAGGUGAACCUGAUCUUGGAUCUCAUGCUCAGGAGUACCUGGUGAAUCCUCUACGACAAGCUGCACCUGAGCAGCUUGGAUCAAUGGAAGAAGGUGACAUCAUGGCCAACAUUGAGUGCAUGUCAGAUGCUACUUUUCAUGAUAUGCUCUCCAUGCUGGAGAAGACUAUCUAUGAGUUGGGUGGUAACUUAGCACUGGAGGUGACUGGCCCCUCUUUUGAUGAAAGGCGUGUUAAUUCUCCAGGCUCUUAGUUCCAAAGGUCAAAAAAUUGCAGUUUUGAUGCUCGGCAAGCACAACAGGUUGUAAUUAUGCAGUCAAUCUGCUAUUACAGAAGCAAUUUGUUUGUUAUUACCUUAGAACUCUGAAAAAGAGGAAAUAGCAGUUAGCACAUCCCUACCAAUGUGACAGUCGUUGAGCUUCUCUUUAUGGGAUUUUAGAUGUGAAGAGGGGAUAGA